GAUGCCUAUUUCUUGCGUCCUGGUCCAGUUUGAGUGAAGGUGAACCUGUAAACCCGGUCUGUCUCUAGAAACACCCAUUCCUCAUUUGCUCCUCUUGCACAACACCGGGAUCAUCGUCUGCUUCAUCCCGAGCCAUGUCCCUGUUUAGCGACGUGCCCCAGGCUCCCCCGGUAGCCGUGUUCAAACUGACCGCUGACUUCAGAGAGGACACCCAUCCACAGAAGGUGAAUCUGGGCGUCGGAGCUUACCGUACUGAUGACUGCCAGCCCUGGGUGCUGCCAGUGGUGAAAAAGGUGGAGCGGCUCAUCGUGGAGGACGAAAGCCUGAACCACGAGUACCUGCCCAUCCUCGGUCUGCCAGAGUUCCGCUCCGCUGCCUCAAAGGUCGCCCUGGGAGACGAUAGCCCUGCCAUCAAGGAGAACAGGGUUGGAGGAGUCCAGGCUCUGGGUGGGACAGGUGCACUGAGGAUUGGGGCAGAGUUCCUGCGGCGGUGGUACAACGGCGUCAACAACACAGCCACGCCUGUCUACGUCUCAGCACCCACCUGGGAGAACCACAAUGGUGUAUUUGCUGAUGCUGGCUUCAAAGAUAUCCGCCCCUACCACUACUGGGAUGCUGCCAAGAGGGGCCUGGACCUCGCUGGGUUCCUGGAUGAUUUGGAGAAAGCUCCAGAGUACUCCAUCUUUGUCCUCCAUGCCUGCGCACACAACCCCACUGGCACCGACCCGACCCAGGAGGAAUGGAAGCAGAUUGCAGAAGUGAUGAAGAGGAGGAAGCUGUAUGUGUUCUUUGACUCCGCCUACCAGGGCUUCGCCUCAGGCUCUCUGGAAAAAGACGCCUGGGCCAUCCGCUUCUUUGUCUCCGAGGGCUUUGAGCUUUUUAUAGCUCAGUCCUUCUCCAAAAACUUUGGCCUGUACAAUGAGAGAGUGGGGAACCUGACAGUGGUUUCCAAGGACAACGAGAACCUAACCCGCGUUCUGUCCCAGAUGGAGAAGAUUGUCAGGACGACCUGGUCCAACCCACCUUCUCAGGGGGCACGCAUUGUCAGCAAGACCCUCAACAGCCCUGAGCUGUUUGAAGAAUGGAAGGGUAAUGUGAAGACCAUGGCAGACCGAGUUCUGUUGAUGAGGGAUCAGCUGAAGGCCAAGCUGCAAGCUCUGGGCACCCCGGGGACCUGGGACCACAUCACUCAGCAGAUUGGCAUGUUCAGCUUCACCGGCCUAACUCCCAAACAGGUGGAGUACAUGAUCAAAGAGAAGCACGUGUACCUGAUGGCCAGCGGUCGCAUCAACAUGUGCGGCCUGACCAGCAAGAACAUCGACUACGUCGCUCAGUCCAUCCACGAGGCCGUCACCAAAGUCCAAUAAAGGCCAUUUGUGCCCGCCCACUUCCUGCCUCCUGUACGCCACAGGACGUUUCAUCGUGUCUGUGUCCCUCUCUUUGCUUAUCCUCUCCUCCUAUUGGUCAAAUUGCAUCCUCACAAUUUGCAGUUGAACCAACGGGAGGAAGGAUGUGUUUUUGUUCUCACAUGACGGCGUCAUUUUAUGGGAGGUACAGUGGUUUUUGGAAGAGACUUGAUUGCACACAGCCAGGUAUGAUCGAAUACGCAGACGUGACAACCCCAUCAUUUGUUUGAAUUGUUGCCGCAAGCUUCUGUGCAGUCCAAAUCAUUCCACUCAAACUGGGCACCAGAAUGUGGACUGGGAAGAUUUGCGAUGAAAUUAUUAUGCUUCCUACACAACAGUAGUACUGAACAAACUGCAGCACAGGAAAAGUCGUGUAAAUAGAUGUAAUUACUGUUAGAGUCCUGCCAUUUCAUUCAUAAGCACUGAGACCACAACAAAUCACUUUCCUGUUUUUAGCCAUUAGAAUAUAAAAGCUGGUACUGUAAUCUGUGGCAGUCUGCAUACACAGCACCAAAUUGUUUUGUUACUAUGCUGAAUAUGUUUGACUUUAUUUUGUUGUGUUAAAGUUCAACGGUCAUCAUCCCCAUCAUCAUCAUCUCUCAAAGGUAAAGCACAUGCCUGAUGCUGUGUUGCCUUGUUAGACAUACGGCAGAAGAUAAUUUGUUUAGCCACUAAGUCAACAAAAUCGCCUUCUGUGCCAUCAUUGAACAAAAAUCACCUUUUUCCUCUCUCUGUUACUUUGUUUCCACCCUGCAGUGCCCUUAUGUUGUUACACAAAGCUUCUGUAAGGUCAUUUGCUGUAAGAAGCCACUGAUCAGACCUCAGAACCUGUUCUAUGCCGCAGUCACAUGUUAAGUGGUGUUUGUAAUGGCGUUCGCACCAAAUUAAAUUAUGAACUCUG